UUUGCUUUCAUGUUGCUUUCGAGUCAAUACAAUCACAGGUCUAGUAAAUAUGUCGUUGGAGUCGGAAGAACUUGGAAGUCUUUUAGCCGUUAUUGGCGAUGAGGACACAUGUGUCGGCUUUCUGCUCGGUGGCAUUGGAGAAGUCGACGAAGAUCGUGAGGCCAAUUUUAUGGUCGUGGAAAAGGACACCUCUCCCGACCAGAUUAAGGCUUGUUUCAAGAAGUUCCUGAAGCGACCUGACGUCGCCAUUAUCCUAAUCAAUCAGGUGUACGCGGACAUGAUUCGUCCCACUGUCGAUGCCCACAGCCGGGCUGUGCCCACUGUGCUGGAGAUUCCCUCGAAGCAGCAGCCCUACGAUGCCUCCAAGGACUCGAUCCUGAAGCGGGCCCAAAGCGUUUUCAGUCCGCCCGAAUGGCGCUACUAGCGGCUCAACUUUGGCAAUCAGUUUUCGGAUCGAAGUCGGAGUUUAAUGAAAGAUUUGCAUAGUUUUCAAAUGCAUGCCGAAUGCCAAUGCCAGUGCUACAAAGUCGGUUGAAUUGUUACUCAAAAAAAAACCUGAAUAGAUAUUUUCACACAGAAAUGAUGGGAGAAAAUAAAGCUUAUACGAACAUCA